UAGCCGUUUGAUUUAUCUGACAAACUUUCCACGUGUGACUAUUGUCUUCACCUUAUAACCCCUUCUCUCACAUUAAUAUUCUUUCCUACAGCUUUACCCCACUUUCCUCUCUUUUCAAUUUUUUCACUUGCUUUGCUUCUUAUUUUCCACCCCCCUCUCUCUCUCUCUCUCUCUCUCAUUAUUGAGUUUUUUUUCAGGUAGAUUGAGUUGAAUCUAUCUAUGGCUUUGCGUUUUCUUCUUCUGCUUUUUGCAGUUUCUCUUGUUGCUGCUGAUGAGGAACCUUUUGUUGGAGUGAACAUAGGAACUGACCUCUCAGAUAUGCCACACCCUACUCAAGUAGUCGCGCUACUCAAAGCACAACAAAUUCGACAUGUUCGAUUGUACGAUGCUGACCAAGCUAUGCUCAUUGCUCUUGCAAAAACAGGCAUUCAAGUUGUUAUAACUGUCCCUAAUGAACAACUCUUAGCAAUUGGUCAAUCGAAUGCUUCCGCUGCCAAUUGGGUUUCCCGUAACGUGGUAGCACAUUAUCCUGCCACCAAUAUCACUGCCAUUUGUGUUGGUUCUGAGGUUUUGACUGCUCUGCCUAAUGUGGCGAAAGUUCUUGUCAAUGCAAUUAAGUACAUUCAUUCGGCCCUUGUUGCGUCGAAUCUUGAUCGCCAAGUUAAAGUCUCGACGCCUCUUUCGUCGUCCAUCAUCCUUGAUUCGUUUCCACCUUCACAGGCUUUCUUUAACAGAUCGCUGAAUUCAGUUUUAGUCCCUAUACUCGAUUUCUUGCAGUCCACCGACUCUUAUCUCAUGCUCAAUAUUUACCCUUACUACGAUUACAUGCAAUCAAAUGGUGUGAUUCCGUUAGAUUAUGCACUCUUCAAGCCUCUCCCUCCAAACAAAGAAGCUGUUGAUUCUAAUACCCUUCUACAUUACUCCAAUGUCUUUGAUGCCAUGGUUGACGCAGCAUACUUUGCCAUGGCUUUUCUAAAUUACACCAACAUUCCUGUUGUGGUAACAGAAUCAGGGUGGCCUUCAAAAGGUGCAGCGAAUGAGCCGGAUGCAACAAUAGACAAUGCCAAUAAUUACAACAGCAACUUGAUCAAGCAUGUUUUUAAUAAAACCGGAACUCCAAAACAUCCGGGAGUUGCUGUUAGUACUUACAUCUACGAACUAUACAAUGAGGAUACAAAAUCCGGGCCGUUGUCGGAGAAAAACUGGGGAUUAUUCGAUGCAAAUGGUGUGCCUAUUUACAUUUUACACUUGACUGGAUCAGGAGCAGUUUUGGCGAAUGAUACCAGCAAUCGAACUUUCUGUGUUGCAAAGGACGGGGCUGAUCCAAAGAUGAUACAGGCUGCAUUAGAUUGGGCGUGUGGACCCGGAAAGGUUGAAUGCUCUCCAUUGCUGCAAGGACAACCAUGCUAUGAACCAGACAAUGUGAUAGCACACGCCAAUUAUGCUUUUGACAGUUACUAUAAUAACAUGGGGAAAACUCCCGAUGCAUGCGACUUCAAGGGAGUUGCUACAAUCACCACCUCAGAUCCAAGUCAUGGCGCUUGUGUAUAUCCUGGAAGUCUUGGCAACAAAAACGGCACCUUUGGCAACUUCACAGCUCCAUCAAUGAAUUCAAGUUCAGAUUCUUCAGCCUAUAACAUCCACAGCAGUGAAUUGAGGAUUAGAAGCCUUCUAAUGGUGUCAGGCUUUUUAAUACUGGGAGUGGUUUUGCUGUAAUUGGGAUAUGUUUCAUGAACAAAUUUUAGUGAUUAAAAAAUUUUGUGGUGGUGAUAGUGCUACAAAUUUGUAUUGAUGGUGGUAGUAGAGUAGUGGCAUUGUGUUGUUCAUUCAUUCAAUUUUGUACAAAAUCCAGCCAAGGGUUUGAACUGAAUGAGACUGCAGCAAAAUCAUCAUUAUCAUUCUUUAAUGUUAGAAUUGAUUCAAUCAUUAUCAA